AUGCUGUCGAGACGCGGAAUCACCGAUAUUCGAUAUCGCACCGGCAGGCACUCGGAUAUCGGAGACCCUCGUCCGCAGGGCUGCCAGAUGCGUCAGAUGCAUCCGCGGCGCCCCGCGUUGCCUCCUCUCGCCCGCCGUGGAUCCGUCAGCCGCGGCGGCCGGGACGAGACUGGCUGCCUUCGUCGCCGACGCCCCGACCCGGGCCGGAGGCCGCGCAUGCGCGCCGAGCACGACAAUGUCCCAGUUGCCAUGGCAACAGAAUGGGAAAAUAAAGGAAAGGUGCCGAUCCCGGAAGUGCUCGAGGCGGGCUGGGUGAUCCUGAAGAACGUGUUGUCCCGCGCCCCGCAGCUGGUCCGGGACCGCCGCUACCACCAGCGGACGUACCGAACGUGCAUGGUGGGAACGGAGAUGGUGGACUGGCUGCUCGACGCCGCUCACUCCACGGUCCUCUCCAGGCAUCUGGCGGCGGCUAUGUGGCAGGUGCUGCUCGAGGAGGGGAUCAUCCAGCAUGUGACGAGGGAGCACCCGUUCCGGGACAAGUACUUGCUGUACCGCUGGGUGAUUGGGGACUCGGUCGGGGAGGGGAACUGGGGCGAGGAGGCGUUUCGAGAGUCUCUCGCGCUCCUCGCGCGGCUCGCGCCCGACGCGCUCUUCCGCGUCGCGCUUCGCAAACCUCGAGAAGACCGGACGGAGGAGGACCUCGAGCUCAUCUACGAGAAGUUGCUCCAGGUGCCGGCCCUGUCGCACCUGUCCACGUCGGUGAAGAGGCAGCUGGCGGAGGUGCUGCUCUUCGAGGCGCAUCCCAGGCCGGGGACCGUCCAAAGGAAUGAGACCACUUAUGGUCCCGUCCUCUCCGUCCGUGUGUCUGUGUGUCACACUUUGAUUGUCCGACGAUAA